CAUUAAUCAGAUAUAAUUAUAUAAACAUAUAAGAGGGAGCAGAUAAUAAUUAAUAAGUGCAUUGAGCGGCAAAAAUGAUGGGAGUGAGACUGACACUGCCUCUGAUGGCGGUUCCUGUGUCCGUAUUCCCACGUAGCUCAAUCCAAACACAAAUGAAUUGGAGAACGAAAGGGGUUACGGCGUUUGGUGUGAAUCCCAGCGAGUCAAAAAAAGAAGCAUUGUUCUUGGAAGAAAAUGGUGCUGUGGAUGACAUGGAUGGUUACCUGAAUCAACUCUCCCUCGAAUACGACUCCGUCUGGGACACCAAACCUUCUUGGUGUCAACCUUGGACAAUAACCCUAACAGGAGUUUCAGUUAUUGCUAUUAGCUGGUUAAUUUCGCAUUCAGUGCUAGUUACUUCACUCGUAUCAUCACUAAUACUCGCAUGGUGGUUCAUCUUCCUCUAUUCUUACCCCAAGGCAUAUUCAGAAAUGAUUGCUGAGCGAAGAGAAAGAGUUACAAAUGGUGUUGAAGACACAUAUGGUCGUACCAAGAAGCAGUGAUUUUCUGUUUAACAUAAAACGUUCAUUCAAAUUAGGUGAAUUGGCUUAGAGAUUGUAACGUUAAUUUCUGUUUGAAUAUAUGUAACCAUGGGUUACCAACAUAUAUAAGAAUUUGCUAGCAAUAGAAAUUAUUUUUCAUA